AUUCCUGAUGAUGUUGAUGAUGAUGAUGAUGUUCCGAGGAAGGAGAAGGUUGUCACAACCACCGGGGGGUUGCCGGAACCACCGCCUAUCCUUCUGGACGAGCUCAUAGCGGAAGUCCUGCUGAGGAUACCGGCGAGGUCUCUCGUUCGAUUAAGGAACAGCGUCUGCAGUUCAUGGAGAACCCUAAUUUCCAGUUCCCAAUUUGCCAAGGACCACCUUCGGCGUUCAAUGGCGGUGGAUCCAGCCUUGACCCACCCACUUAUGGCCUAUUAUAGCCAAGCCUACAUAUACCCCACAAUCGGAGUUUUCUCCGUACGAUCUGUGAUGGAGAACCCUCCCCAUGAACCCACUAAAGUAGUUCCCUAUGAGGGACGAUGCUACCGCCUCAUCAUUGGCUCUUGCAAUGGAUUGCUGUGCUUGCACGAUGAAGAGCAUGAGGAUAGAUUAAUGGGCCAUCGUGCCAUGCUGUGGAACCCCUGCACCGGAUUCACUUCUCAGCCGCUUGAAAUUGGAGGUCUCUUCUCCAUUUGCGGAUUCGGUUAUGAUCAUGUGAAUGACAAGUAUAAGCUUUUCGCGGUUGUGGAUAAGAAAUCAGGCGAAUCCGUCACCAAAAUGUUUACAUUCGGCCCAAAAACUACCUGGAGAACAAUCCAGGAUUUCCCCCAUGAUCUUCGUGACCCCAAUCCCAGGGGUCAUAUGGUGCAUCUUGAAGGGCUUUUCCUUAGUGGCACUGGCACUCUUAAUUGGCUUCUUCACGGCUAUCUUAGUUUUGUGUGGGUUCUUUCCCUUGACUUGGUGAGAGAGACUUAUUGUCAGUUUUCCCUUCCCAGCAAGGAUUCAGAUGAUGAUCACGAGGUGGAACCCAAAUUGGGUAUCUUGAGGGAUUGUCUUGCUGUUUGUUAUGCUACUAAGAAAACUCAUUGGACUAUCUGGUUGAUGAAGGACUAUGGAGUUCCUCAAUCUUGGACUAAAUUGGCCAUAAUCCCCCACCACCCGUUACUAGUUCGUCAUCCUUCAUACAUAGCAUUAUGGCCUAUAUACAUGUUGGGAAAUGUUCUUCUUGCUUUGGCUCCGAAUGGCAAGUUUUGUUUAUGUAACUUAAAUGAUGGCAGCAUAGAUUUUCCUAAUAUUGACAGCUCCAGUGAUGGCAUGCCCAGACAUCGGCCUUUAACUCAAAACUCAUAUCUAAGGGGCUUUCACCUCUAUCAUGAAAGCAUAGUUUCACCGUACCACUUUGGUCUUCCAAGUUGCUCAUCUGAAAUGCGCUUAAUUAAGCCAAAGCCUAUAAUCACUUAAAGAUGGUUUGCAUUUUGGGUACCUUUUUGGUGAAGGAUUUCCUACACUUGAAUCCAUAACUUAAUUAUCAUCAAUGUAGUGCCUUGCUUUUUUGUGUUUUAUAGAUUCUGUGUAACUGUCUUCAUGUUUAAUGUUUUUUAAUUAGGUUCCUUAUGAAUAUCGAUCUUCGUCUUCUUUAGUUAGAAUAUGUAUUUAUCAUGAAAUGCUAUAUAAAUUAUGUUUUGUAUCGGUUCGAUUUGACAAAAUUGCGAGUGCAACAUCUGCAAAGGUUCAGCUGCAA